UUUAUUGCGCUCAAAAUGGGUUUACGCUACAUCAAGGCUACUUUCAAGCUGUAAAUUUGUAACUUGUUUGAAAUCAUACACUGUCAUCUAGUUUCGACUAUCAGACUGUUUGAAUCUAACUCUCGUGUUAUUCAGGAUUGUUUUCAAUCAGUUACGUUAGAUGUAGUCUCAUUCCAUGUGGUCACUGAGUCGAUGACUCACUUUCUCCUAUUAUUUUCUGUUGUAGAUAGUCUAACAUACUGCUCCUCAAACUCUCCAAGUACACAAGGUAUCUUCCAGCUAUACUCACACGUACUAAAAGCUGAACGUGACAACAUAAAUCAAGGCUAGGUUUCAUCGAGGUUACAUCUACUGCUUGUCCCAGUCCAGAAGAAGCUUUCUCUAAACAUACCGUCUAUAUGAAGUCAGAUGAAAGAUGUCUUAUUUUUAAACAUUUCCCACCUGAAAUAGCUGAAGAUGAGUGUGUUACGUUCUUAAAAUCCUUGGGGGCAACCACGGCUCAAUAUUUCGGAUGUUCCGGUUCUCUCAAAUAUUGCGCCUACGCGGAGUUCGCAUCCGAACAGCAUGCUUGGAAUAUCAUUAAAAAUCUUCAUCAAAAGAAAAUAUUGGAUCGGCGUCUUUCUGUUGAAUUUUUCCAGUCUGUAGAAGGGUAAAAACGACAUUCUCUAAAUCUUCUUUAGAUUAUCUUCAGUUAAUAUCCAAAAGACUGAUCCAGACAAAUCCAAAGAAGAAUGUCUUCCCGUAACCACAAAUGCUUUUUCUGCUAUGUGGGACACAUCUUUCGAAGUUUCUUCACGAAUGUACUAUGAAUAUCCUGUUGUAUCCAUUGACGUACUGACAAACAUUGUGCGAUCGUUGGCUUCUUGUCCAGCAUUUUAUAAUCAGGUACUCCACAUAAUGAACAAACUUCAUCUACCACCACCAUUUGAAGAUCCCGAACAAUUUCCUGGGGAUUAUCUAGUCAUUUCUGCUUCAGAUUAUGCGAAAAUGCAAACACUAAUAGAUAAUAUCCAGCGCUUGUCAAAAGAGGAAAAUAAUGAUUCAGGUUCAGUUUCAGAAGAAAUGGAUUUAUCUAGUGGACCGGAGUCUGAACUCGCUUCUGACGAUGAAAAACAAGCAACUUCUUGUGCGCAAAAAAGUAUCUCAGUGAGAAGGCGUUUCAAAGUCCGCAAAAAAACCCCUACUGUAUUAUCUAGUCGUCUUCCUAGGACUUCCAAACGUAAAAACGUUGAUGUUGCCGAUUUAUUCGAACCACAUCAAGCUGCCAAAAAGCUUAACUUGCCAAAGAUUCUUAACGUCAAUUCUCAACGUGAUCAUAGUAAUUCACGUGAUGAAUCUGAAGGUGGGUUCGGACUUAUCCAUACAGAGACUAAAAUAAAGAGACGGCAUUUUCUUGACGAAACAACCCAGAAUUUUCAAGAAAACCAUGCGUCAAUCUUUUCUAAUUUCCAGCUCCGUAAAGAACAAUUUUCUGAUGAAGAACAUGAAAACUUGGAAGAUUUGAUUCCCUUACCAUCACAACCACCGUUGAGUGGUGAAAAUAUGACAGAUGUUACUGAUAAUAACCCGUCUAAUUUCGUAACAGUACUGUCCCUUGAUGAAAUCAUAUCCAAUCGCCUGAAAGAUGAGGACCGCAGAAAUUACCCAGUGUUUGCUAAAUAUGAUACUGGAACUACCACCUCCCGUCUAUAUGUCAAAAAUUUAUCUCAAACGGUUACAGAAACCGAUUUGUUUGCAAUAUUCGGGGUAUUUUCAAAUGGACCUGUGACUGACAGUAGUUGCAAACCAAGGGUUUCGUUGGACUCAACAGAGCGUUUUUCAAUAAGACUUUUGACUGAAGGUCGAAUGAAAGGUCAGGCAUUCAUCGGCCUUGCAUGUGAAUCAACCGCCAAACAAGCGUUGGAAGCUACAAAUGGUUAUAUGCUAUAUGAUCGUCCGAUGGUUGUUCAAUUUGCUAGAGGAGCUAAAGCAAAACCAGAUGAAAAAAGUUUAUUAUUAUCGAAUUAAUGCUUUUGAUAAUUAAUAUCUUCAGGAGGAUUCACAUCCAAGGUUUGGAGCUCGCACAUGAUCAUUUCGUUAGAAACCAAAUAAUUGUAUAUGUUCUAUGUACAAAUUGUAAAUAUAAAGACCAAUAGCAUAUUUCAUUGCAACA